AUGACGAUCUCGCCCGCACGCGCCAACAAAGAAACCAACGAUGUGCUCGUGCCGUUGGUCGGGAAAACGGCACUGAAUAUUGUCGAGUUUUCACGCGGAAUUUCAGAUUGGCAAACGGCUGAAAAUCGGCGGUCACGAGUACAAACUACGCGAUGCCAUCGCCACCGGUCCGUUCUCGUCGGUGUUUCUGGUGGAGGAGGACGGAGUGCCGUAUGCGAUGAAAGUGGAGGCACAGAACGGAUGCUUGAGGCCUGUGCUCAAGGUAAGUGAGCUGCCGGUGGAAAUAUUGAACAGUUGUCAAUUGAUGAAUUGUUCAUGAAUAAAUUGUGCACAUUUUAUUAGUUGACAGAUUUUUGAUAUCUCUAUCCACAGAUGAGAUACAUUGCAUCGAAUGAAUAAAAGAGACUAGGGGUUUGGUUGCAAGUACCGUUGAUUCAAAACGCUGUAUCUCGGCUGUUAGUAGAGGUAUCAAAAAGUUGUCAAUUGAAAAAAUGGGCACAAUUUGUUGAUAAACAAUAAAUCAGUUGACAAUUUUUCGAUAUCUCUACCCGCUAGCUGAGAUAUAUUGCAUUUUUGCAGCUGGACCACGCAGUGCUGACCGCCCUCGGCUCGCAAACCGGUUUUCCGUCGCUCGCCGACUCUGGCCGCACCGAAAACUUCAAGUACAUCAUAAUGCAGCUCGUCGGUCCCGACCUCUCCACUCUUCUCGAGUUGGCGCCGAACAACCGAUUCUCCGACUCGACCAUCUACAAAAUCGCGCUGCAAACGCUCGACCGUUUGCGUGUUCUCCACGACGCCGGAUGGUUGAAUCGGGACGUGAAGGCGCAGAACUUUGCCGUCGGGCUCGGCGACGAGAGCAACAUCGUCUACAUGCUGGACUUUGGGCUCACGCGCCGGUUUCUCGAGAAGGACGGGCGGCGCCAUCUGCUCCGUCCGUGGGGACCGUCCGUCGGCACGUUUCCCUACGCCCCGCUGACUUCGCUCGGAUUCUGUGAUCAGUCGCCGUCGGACGACCUCGAGGGAUGGCUCUACAUGAUCGUGCAUCUUCUGAAGGGCGGACUACCGUGGCACACGCCCACGCGCUCCCUCUCAUUGGCGAAAGUCAGAGAAUGGAAGAUGUAUUGCCGGAAGGCGGGCGGCAAGAUCCGGCUGUUCGAGGGAGUCCCCGAAGGUUGGAUGGAGGUGUUCGAUGCGAUCAUCAAGACUUCGUAACUUGCCUGGAGGUUACGGUACAGUAUCUACAGUAUCCGUUUUCCAGGAAACAAGAGCGUCCCGACUACAAACGAAUCUCCAACAUGGUCAUUUCAAUCGCGUUUUCCGAGAGAAUCAACCUGCGCGCUCCGUUCGAUUGGCAAGUGGAUCCGAAACUCCGAUCCCUCGUCCGGCUCGUUCCGUUGAGCGACAAUCCGGCCUUAACUCCGCGAGCCCAGAUGGUGUCGCCGAUCUGA